AAUUGACUUUUAAAGUCAAAUUGAGUUUGGACGAGCCAGUUGGUCAAGUUUUCAGGUCCAGGUCAUUGCCACUUUGGUCAAUCAGCCGAGAGGCCCCGAACCCUAAACCUAAAAGAUUAAAAGCUAGAACAGCUUACUAUAACUGCAUCAAUGCCAGUUAUUAGAAGUUGAAAGAAGACGGCAGAAACUGUAACCUCCGAGACAAUUUUCAGGAAAGCUUGGGAAAUCUUGACAUGAAAUAAAGUGAAUUACAAUGGAAUGCGUGGUACAAGGAAUUAUCGAGACACAGCAUGUUGAGGCCCUCGAGAUUCUUCUUCAGGGUCUUUGUGGUGUUCAUAGAGAACGCUUAAGGAUCCAUGAAUUAUGUCUGAAAAGUGGUCCAAACCUUGGAAUAGUUGCUUCAGAGGUUCGACUUCUGUGUGAUCUGGAACAGCCUGAACCUACCUGGACUGUUAAACAUGUUGGAGGUGCAAUGAGGGGUGCUGGUGCCGAGCAAAUCUCAGUCCUGGUAAGGACUAUGGUGGAAAGCAAAGCAAGCAAGAAUGUGCUUCGCUUAUUUUAUGCACUUGGCUACAAAUUGGAUCAUGAGUUGCUGAGAGUGGGAUUUGCCUUCCAUUUCCAGAGGGGUGCUCGGAUAACUGUUCGGGUCUCAUCUGUUAAUAAAAUGCUAAAACUACAUGCAACUGAUGAGGCUGUACCAGUAACUCCUGGCAUUCAACUGGUUGAAGUAACAGCCCCCGCAACACCUGAAAAUUACUCUGAAGUUGUUGCAGCAGUAUCAUCCUUCUGUGAAUAUCUUGCUCCGCUUCUGCAUUUAUCAAAACCAGGUGUUUCAACCGGGGUUGUCCCUACUGCUGCUGCUGCAGCUGCAUCUCUUAUGUCGGACGGUGGAGGCACAACCUUGUAGCAGCAAUGUAAAGAUCCACGAUGCCAAAAGAAAGAUGGCUUUGAUAGAUGCUAACGAGUUGUGGUGCCUAUAAAAAGGAAUCAUGCCUAUUCAUUCUCAAACUGCACUCUGUACAGAAAUAGUUUGCUUCUAGUGGGUGGAUGAAUAUAAUAUUUUUUUUAUUGCCUAUGUCCAUUACUGAAGAGAAUCAAGGAUGCCUUUCACUUGGAUGCAUUUCUUUCUGCAGGAUGGGUUCAAUGAAUGAGGGAAGUAUAUUGGGUUUAUAUUGUAAUUGUUCCCCUCCAAACCUUUCCAUAUACAUCCGAAGAUUGCUUAGGAAUUACAAUUAAUCUAGGUCCAGAGCUUUUUUGUAUUUUAGGUUUGAUUUAAAGUCUUAUCUUUCAGUGUAGAAUCAUGUAACCAAUGAAUUGCCUUUUGGUCUAUAUCUUUUAUGUAUUUAUGGUUCAUGCAAA